GAGCCCACCGGCCCCUAUAUAAAAUCCCCCAGCACACACAGGAGCCCAAAUAUCCACGGAGCGCACGGAGGAGAUCGUCGUCAUCCGCCAAACCAGAUCGGCUGCUUCUUCUUCUUCUUCAACUUCGCAGAAUCGUCGGCGGUCGUCUCUUCCUCUAGUUAGAUCCUUCGAGAGCAAUGGGAGGAGGCAAUGAUGGUCAUGGGUACCCACCCGGUGGCCAGGGGGGAUACCCUCCGGCAGGGUACCCGCCGCAGCAGGGAGGUUACCCUCCACAGCAAGGAGGUUACCCUCCACAGCAAGGAUACCCGCCUGCACCUGGAGCUUACCCACCUGCACCUGGGGCAUACCCUCCUGCACCUGGGGCGUACCCUCCUGCACCUGGAGCGGGAGGCCCUGACGGGGAGAAGGGGCUCCUCUCCAACAUCAUGCAUGGUGUUGCCGGUGCUCAUGGUGGUGGUCAUGGCUACCCAUCUGGUGGCCACGGGUACCCCCCGCAGCAGCAUGGAUACCCUCAGCAAGGCUACCCUCCUCAGCAUGGCUACCCACCGCAGCAGCAUGGCUACCCUCCACAGCAGCAUGGCUACCCCCCUGCUGGCUACCCUGGCUCAUCUGGUCACAGUGGUAGCCAUGGAGGAGGAGGCAUGGGCAUGGGUGGCAUGCUGGCUGGAGGAGCAGCAGCUGCUGCCGCCGCUUACGGAGCACACAAGCUUUCUCACGGCGGCCACGGUGGAGGUGGACACAUGAUGGGAGGCAUGAUGGGCGGCCACGGAGGCUACGGCGGCGGGUACGGCCACCACGGCGGCAAGUUCAAGCACGGGAAGCACGGCCACGGCAAGUUCAAGCACGGCAAGCAUGGGAAGCACGGCAUGUUCGGCGGCGGCGGCAAGUUCAAGAAGUGGAAGUAAUGCUGCUAGCUGGUAGCUUCACCAUGGCUGAUGAAUCAAAAAAAAAAGAAACCCUAAACUCUUCGUGUAGGCUUCCGGAACUUGGUUUGGUCAGGGAAAGCCUUUGAGAUGUAUCUAAGCAGGGUGUGGUGUGGUUGCUGCUCGAUCUCGUAGAGCUUCCUUACUUUGCUCUAUAUGAUUUGGCACUCUAGUUUGCGUCUGUGACAAGAUAUGACUUGCUCUAAUAAGUACCUGAAUUCUGUCUGGUGCUAUGCUUACCCUGUGCUGGUGCUGUUCA